GAAUGUAUCCAGAUAAUAAAAGGAUAUUCAAAAUAUUUUAUUGCUGUGGGUGACAGUUAACCUCAAUACGCAAGAAGGCUAGCUGGCUUUUGGGAAGAGCAGCAGACAUGGAUUCUCAAAAACAGGAGUUUUGGAAGGAGGCUAUUUUGAAAGAAAAAUUUGUCAGACUAAAUUGGUUUCGAGAUAACUGGAUCAAACCUAAACUUGUCAAAAAGGUGGGUGAAAAACGAGGGAUGAAACUGCCACAAAUCAACGAACCUCAACGUGAAGCCAAAACGGUGAAAACGCUGACCAGAGAAGUGGCGCAGGUCAAAAGUAGAGACGAGAAGGUCCCUAUCGAUGUAAUGCGGCCGGUUUCGGAAGAGACUCGGGAUGUGUUGUAUGAUGGCUUUUCGGUAGAGGAGACUGGACGCUACAAAUACCUCCUCCUCAGGAAGCGCAAGGAUCCUGAGGUCAAGUACCUCUACCCUAUAACCAGCAACUGGCAGUAUGGAUGGGGUCUGGGUAAUUUUUAUUUAUUUAAAUUAUUAGGAUUAAUUGUUGAUUAACCAAUUAAACAAGCAUUCUAGCAACAUGGUAAAACCACUCAUCAUGGAUUUGAAAUGUUUAAAUGUUUUCAACUUUGAAAUAGCCAAAAUUAACUGACACAUCACAUGCAAUGGGGCAUACAGUAGAAAAACGAUUCAGGGGGUGACAUCAUGGUCCUGCCCAGCUUUUAUAUCUGCUACUUCCAUGUCUAAUCUCCGGUUGUCAUGGUAACUGUCCCUGCUGUGCUCCCUCUGAAUGCAGGUGACAUGAACAAGGCCUACGUCCCGAUGUACGCACUCAACGCCAUUGUGAAAGAGAGCUUCUUCCGCAAGAACGGCAUCUUCCCUCACUCCGCCACCUCAGACACCGUGGCGUGAUGGUGCCCACCGGAGAUCACACAGGACCCAACUGACAAUACAGACACACCACCAACACCUGCACUGGUUUUAUUGUGUAUUCAUCCUAUUCUGUGAAGACGAAAAUCGUCAUUCAGCUGCUAAAUAGAAUGUGUAAAAUAAAAGCAUGGUUAUGG